GGUCGUUGUUGUCCGAUGCCUGGGACCCCCAUUGGACCCCUUCUCAAGACUACCUUCGAAUCGAUCCUCGAGGUCUUUCUAAUAUGUGCUGCUGGGUACUUUCUUGCCAAGAAGGGUAUACUUGAUAGGACUACGCAGAAGAAACUCAAUAGACUUAAUGUCUCAAUAUUUACGCCCUCCCUACUCUUCUCCAAAGUCGCGUUCUUCUUGUCACCAGCCAAGUUGCGAGAAUUAUGGGUCAUACCCAUAGUCUUCGUUGUGACUACACUGGUCUCGAUGCUCUCUGCGUACGUGCUUAGUGUUAUCCUGAGGUUGAAGAGGUCGCAAAGGUCAUUUGCUAUAGCGUCUGCGAUGUUCAUGAACUCGAAUUCGCUCCCCAUCGCUUUGAUGCAAAGUCUUGUCAUCACAGUACCAGGGCUGAAGUGGGGAGAUGACGAUAACAAUGACGCCAUGGUGGGCCGCGCGCUCACAUACCUCGUGUUGUACUCGACGAUGGGCAUGGUGGUGCGCUGGAGCUACGGCGUUCGACUGCUAUCGCAAGCAGACCCAGAGCCAGUGCAGGCGGAAGACGACGAAGCAAGUCCCCUCUUGAGUCCGGACGAGGUCCCUUUCCCGCCAUCGGCCGAAGAAGAACGCGUCCUCCGCCACGAGGGCUCCUCGGGAUCGAUCGCAUCGGAGGCUACCCGCACACUACCGCAGCCCGGUGCGAACCCCGGCCUGUCUGUCGAAGAGGUCGGCGGCCGCAAGUUCUUUUACUCGUUUCCGAAUACACCUGCAUCACGUCGUGUCGAUCUUCCCAAUUCGUCAUCAGCAUCGGGAACGACAACGGAGUACGAGGACGACGAUGACACCGAGCUUCCACCUUCACAACGCGCGCGGACAGAGCCCACGUCUUCGCGCUGGCAGUCGCGUAUACGUCGCCUUCGGCAAAAGACUCAGAAGACAUGGCGCACGUUCAACGAGUUCAUGACUACUCCGCUUUGGGCCGCGCUCGCCUCCCUUGUCGUUGCGUGCAUACAACCGCUACAACAUGCGCUUGACGACCACUUCCCUCCUGUCAAGGGCGCGAUCGCGAGCGCGGGCAACUGUUCCAUCCCGAUCACCCUCGUCGUCCUCGGCGCUUACUUCUACACCCCACCGGACACGGAGGAACGCAAAUUGCCUGCGCACCACCAACCACCACGGAGUGCGUCGCGGACGUUUCUGUUCGAGAACGUCCGGGAUAUGUUCUCGGGCAAACGCCGGGCCGAGCAUGGACCCUCGCUGGGGGCGUCCGCGAGCAAGCAGGUACGACCCGGGGAGACGCGGACCGUCGUCGUUGCGAUCCUGUCGCGCAUGAUCGUCACGCCGCUCCUCCUGCUCCCGCUCAUGGUCAUCUCGACGAAGUUUGACCUGCAGGAAGUCUUCGACGACCCGGUCUUCGUUGUGUCCAACGUGCUAUUGAUCGCGUCACCUCCUGCGCUCACGCUGGCGCAAAUUACGCAGGCCGCAUCUGGGGAUGCGUUCGAACGCCUUAUCAGCCGCACCAUCUUCUGGGCUUACUGCGUCGUUACCCCGCCGUCGACGAUUAUCUUUGUUGUUAUUGGCCUUAUCCUCUCGAAGUUGUGAACUUCCGCACCGUGUCUGGCAUAUAUCAUAGCACUUCUUUCAUUUCUGUGGGUGUUCUCGUUAUCUGCCGUACAUUUUCCUCGCCUAGCUUCUUGGAUCACAGCGAACUAGAUAUCCUUGCAUCUUGUAGUGUACUACCCGAGCACCUAUUGUACGUUUUCUACCAAUAGAGCUGUUUCGC